UAAACACGUGUUGUGUACUUAGAAAUGCCAAAAUAAAUAUCUUGAACUUAGAUAGCAAUCCACGCUAAACUUAAAGGAGAUUUAUCGACUAACUUUUUUCUGUUAAUUUCAUGUCGCUGUGCACGCGCAUCGUAAAAUUUUGGAUCAGGAAAUAUUACAGCAAUAUACUUUCACUUGGGUUGUGUGGUAACUUUUCAACAGGUUCAUUUAGUUCUUUCACGUUCGUCGUGUAUCAUUAAUCGAGUAUGGUUUCAAGUAAUAUCACUUGUAUAUCUUCUCUUUUCAUGUUUCUUUCCUUUUAAAUAUUUAUGUAGUUAUUACUUUGUAUUAUUUAUAUUUUUGUUCAGUGUAACAAUAAUAGAUAUACUAUUCAAAUAAGUGAAAGUAGCCUAAAAAUUGAAUUUUUUUGACAAGUAUUCUACAUGAAUUAAAAAAAAUACAACGAAUGUACAACAGAACAACAUCAAAUUGUGAAAAUGGCACGUCCAGGGUUCAAAUUACUCGCAGGAUUGCUUUUUUUUCUUAAUUAUUGUACAGCAAAUCAAAUGAGAGAAUUGAAGAUCCAUGCAUUGCCUGUUUAUGCAAUGUUAUCAAACGCAGAACUCUUAAACUCAACUCAAUGUGGAAAGGAACUUACUGAAUUUCGACAAGCCAUUGAUCAGCAAAAAUUAUGGAGUUUAAAAGUAAUCGAUGCUAGCGGCGAACCGAGAUCAGGAUUUUUAUACGGCAAUAAUUAUUGGUUGGGUAGCCGAAGUCAAUGCGAAGAUGCAGGAAACAGAGAGCCCUAUGAAUUGUCGCCAGACGUAUUACGAAAAAAUUCAAAAUAUCGUCAUAUGGAGGAAGAAUUUCCACCAUUCAAAGUGAAAUUUUUUGUUGCUCAUAUUCGACAUAAUAGCACUUUACAAUAUCACUUCGAAUUGUCCGAAGAAGAUUUGAUUAUAUUAGGUAUGUGCUUACCAGCAUCCUGUUCGAAGGACCAUCUUUCUACUCUUCUAGAAAUCUUGUUSAGAAAUAGAACUCUUUUUAAAGGCGAAUUAUAUUCAGCAGACUUUACGUUGGUUGAAGUAAGAGAUCUAGUCGAUGACCAUCGAUGGUUAUUAAGUGGAACAUUUAUUACAAUGACAGUAAUAAUCGUACUUACAUUACUAUUAACGAUAAUAGGAACGGCUUACGAUCUUCUGAUAUAUCAAAAACAAUUAAAGAAACAUWAMAAAUAUAUUCAAGACCGAGACAAUUUACAAGCAAGMGGUGACACUCAAGAGUUAAACGAUAAUAACAAGGAUCAACAAGAAAAACUAAAUUACCAAAGUUUUCUUUGGAACAUGUUCUUAGCUUUUUCUGCAUAUACAAACACGAAAAGAAUAUUUAAUAUGAAAUCUGAGAAUACUGGUAUUCCGGUUAUACACGGAUUACGAUUUUUUGCGAUGAUAAUGAUUAUUUUAUUUCAUCUAUCUUACUAUUCAAAGGAUUUUUUAGAAAACCGGUCAAUUGGUUUAAGAAAAAAACAAGAAUUUGCUGGUCAAAUAAUAUACAAUGGAGGAAUGCUGGCAGUUGAUACAUUUUUUUAUAUUGGUGGUUUCCUAGUCGCAUACUUGUAUGUAAAAAAAGACAUGAGCAAGAAUAUAAGUAAACCGAAUGAUUAUUUAAAUACAAUAAAAUUAUAUUUUAUCGUUCUCCUGAAAAGGUUUAUUAGAUUGACACCUACAUUCAUGGUAUUAAUCGGAUUAGUGCAGAUAAGUGCAACGUGGUACAGUAAAACGUCCCUCUUUCCUAUAACGGAACGUAACCACGAAAAUUGUCAAAAAUAUUGGUGGAGAAAUAUCCUUUAUAUUCACAACCUUUUUAGUCAACAAGAUUUGUGUAUGAGUUGGAGUUGGUACUUGGCGAACGAUAUGCAGUACUUCCUYAUAAUAAAUUUUCUGUUAUUUUUAUCUUCAACGUACUUCAAAAUAGCRGCUAGUUUGUUGGGUAUAYUGUUUACCUCGUCAAUAAUUCUUACUGGCUACAUAUCAUACAUUUAUAAUUUUAUUCCUACAAUGGAUAAGCUAUUAAAUUUAAUGGACGUAAUAUACUAUCCACCAUGGAUUAGGAUAGGACCUUACAUAGUGGGUGUGAUGACUGCCUAUAUUGUUGUCAAAUUAAACAACAAAUUAUUAUGGAAAAGAAAAACAAUAAUACUCUUUUCGAUACUGGCCAGUUUAUGUAAUUUAUUAGUACUGUUUGGAUUAUAUAAAAGAAGAAUAUCAGUUUUAACUACUGCUAUUUACGUUGCUCUCAGUAGAACUGUAUGGGCAAUUGGUAUUGCAUGGCUAUUAAUAGCAUGUUGUACAAAUAAUGGAGGAAUAGUAAAUAGUAUUCUUUCGUGUAAAGUUUGGAUACCUUUUAGUAGAUUGACUUAUGCAGCUUUUCUUUUAAAUCCAAUUAUUAUAAGUUCUAUGAAUUUCUUAAGUGAAAGUUCUCUUCACUUUAAUUAUUCUUCUUUCAUAAUUUUAUUUACUGCAUACUCAGUAAUUACAUACAUAUGUUCUUACAUGGUAUCGUUGAUGUUUGAAUUGCCAUACAUCUACUUGAUGAAGGAAGUGAUGGAUUAUUUAAAUAUAAAGACAUGAUUCUGUUUUUUCGUUUUCAUAAUAUGUUUUUGUCAUUGUAACUGACGAUUGCAAUGAAAACAAACGAUACAACUACUUGUCCUCCAUGUUUCUAUGU